UCACAGUUCAGGCUACUCCAGGCCUCAUACUGCCAGCAGAGAGAGAAACUGGACUGGGUUGUAUACCAGAGGGCAUGACUGUCAGUUAUGAGUGCACUGUCACUGAUCCAUUAGACCCCCCUGUUGCCUCUACAGUGUGGCAAGGGAGUGCAUUUACCUGUUCCUCGUCAAAGAUAAGCUUUCUUCAUUCUUCAUUUGAACCUAAUGGAGUGAGUGGCUCUUGCGGUGACCUGUCUGCCAUGAGUGUUGGGGUCAAUGGAAAUGAGUACACCUCACGACUGACUUUGACGGCAACAGCGGAGUUGAAUGGAAUGACUAUUAAUUGUACUCUGAGUUCAGUAGUGGACUUUGGAAGUGAUACUGUAAAAACCGGAGGUGAGUAUUUUUCACUUUUUCAAGUACUAACUGUACGCUAUUUUCCAGUCCCACCCCAUCCCCCUCAAAGUGCCGUGGUGGACAUUACUUCCACCUCAUCCCUCACUGUUAGUUGGGCCCCGCCCUCUGAGACCAGCAAUGUGGGAGGAUAUUUAUUCACAGUGACUGGAGAGGACUGUGGGCGCUGUGAGAACACGACUGUCAGUGCUGACACUACAAGUGUGAUCUGUUCUGGUUGGACGGCCAGUAGUCAGACCUGCGCCUUUGACUUGAGGAGUGUCUCUCAAGACUGUGGGUUUACCAGUGAUACUGCUGCAGUGGCAUCUGUUGUUUUGUCUGGUCCUCCAUCCCAACUCUCUUUGGGGAACUUGCAACAAACAUGUUUGUUUGAAAGUACUAAUGCAGUUCUUAGUUGGACGGCUCCGUCUGGGUAUCCCCCUGUUCAAAUUUAUCAUGUGAUGAUCAACAAUGGAGCUAUAAUGUCCACCUCUGGAGCUGAAACAAGCAUCACCAUUCCUGGCUCCAUCUUUAUAAGUGCUGGAACCUACUCGUUUAGUGUGAGAGCUGUAAACAUCUUAGGAGAGAGUGCUCCACUAUUGACAGAUUUGGAUGGUAUGAUAAAUGUGGCUUAUGAAAAGUUAUUAAUUUUGUUGUUGCCUGCAGUUGCACUGACGAGUGUAUUAAGUUCUAAUUCAGUUACAAUGAUGAGCGUUACUCUAACAUUCUCUUUGAGUAACGCCGGUUGUGUUGGGCCAUCUGUUAGCAUCAUUGUUUACUACCAAGAAUGUACUGACCAGGUCAACUGCCAGUGUCCACAAGAUAAUAGCUUUUCCACUAAUGAACAGUCUAUGUCUAUUGCCUCGACAUCCUUCACAAUUGUUUACAGUAGCCUUCGUGCUAGUGUCAUUUAUUGCUAUCGCUCUGAAGUGGUGAAUGCUGGCAUCGUCGUUGGCUUUGAAAAUGGUCGAAUGUUCACCACCACACCUCCUGUCCCUCCCGCUCUGCUUGCUAGUGCCAGAUUAGUUAGCAGCAACCCUCCAACUUACCAGUGUGUGAACUCUGCCGAGGGAUUCAACGGUGGAUCGUCACAUAUUGUUGUUGCGUCGUACGAUCCAACGAUUGGAACUUAUUCUGUCCCAGCCUGUUCAAUAUUCGUUUGGCUGGUUACCGUAAUCAUAAUUAUUGUUGUUGUCGUCCUUGGAGCUCUGUUUACUGUUGGGUUGGGUGUUGGCUGUUUUUUUGGUUAUCGCCGUAAGAAAUUGACUUCUCAGGAAAGCCAGUGUGCAGUGUACGAAGAUCCUGACAGUUUACCUAGUGAUCCAAAAACAGCUGGCAAUUUAGCAUAUGAACAUGUUGGUGGCAGUGGUAAGAAAUCAACUGAAAUGAAGGGGCCAAUAUACGAAGAAGCGGAGGACAUUAAACCAGACCCCCACACCCAGGGGAAUCUCGCUUAUGGACAUGUACAGCAGUUCAGUUAGUUAAGUUCAAACAGUGAGUCUGUCGUAUAUGUCAGUUCGCAAAUUACUCAAUAGAUGUAAUAAUUAUGCACAAUAUCAGCUUUAUACAUGUACAUCUGUGACUUUUUUGAGAAUUUCAUGCAUAUCAUUAUUUUUUCACAAUAUUCGGGUGACUUCUCCAAGUUGCUUUUGUAUAGCAUUUCAUACACGAUUAUUAUGACGAUCUUUACUAAGCACGCGUGCAUCUACACAGACAUUUAGAUAUUCAGCCAUAAUAUAGUUUUGCUGCUGAAUCAGUAAGAAUGCAAGCCUUUAUUGUAGUAUUUUCUUCAAAUCCGAUUAGCUGCACGUGAGCUUGAUUUCUGUGUGAUGUGUGGCUAACUAGCUAGCCAAAACUCAGUCAGGGUAAAUGAUCCGGCAGCCUGCCUAUAAUAUACAGAAGCUGGUUAGGAAACCCAUAGCCCCUACUCUUACCCCACUCAUGGAAGCAGUACAGGAACUCCACCCAUGUGAGGACAUUGCAUAAGACUGUCGAAGUUUAAUAUACGCCCCCUUAAUUUGAAGGGGACAUGACCCAAUGGAAAAACUUUUGGGAUUUCUACGUACAGCUCUGCAUGCUAUGUGGUAACAGCAACAGAUUGUUAUUAUAGUGAGCAAUCUCUUAUUGAUGAAAACACCAACCUUUGUGUUUAAGGUCUGGAGAUCUGGUACAACAUUAGUGGAUAAUAAUUAUAGCUUAUCUAACAUAAUUAUGCAUAACAUAUUUUACAUAAUUACGCUGUUUCGUACUCAAUUAUCUCUACUUUAGGGUUAGCGAUGGAACUCAAGCAAAUGUACAUGUCACGCAUAAACAAAUAAUUUUCUUUACUUCGAGAGAUAAUUGAUGUUGCAUACAUUUUUUUACGAUCACCCCCGUUUUCAUCUAAACAUUUUUUUAUUUGUAGCUUAUUGUCAGCACAAUUUCUUAGAAAUGUUCCACUAUUAUGCUCACAAAUUUGUGGCAUUCUACUCUAACUUAGAAGGCACAGAUACUGAAAUAAUUUACACUGAAAGUUAGUAGUAUGAGUCACACAUUUCAGGAACAACACACACGUAGAGCCAAAUUGUGCACGUAGUUCAAGUAUAUCAUAAUUUGUAAUUUUGUCAAAUUAACGCCCAUUCCAUCUUCCACCCAAACCACCAACAGAUAGCUUCAAAAGAAGGCUAUCUCACUAAGUUAGGAUACCACAGAUCGAAAAGUUAGUCUGCACAUCUGGAGUUUCCCAUCAUAAAUUAUGGUUGGUCCAGCUAUACUCGUGUUGGGGAGAGGUCCCAUCAUCGUGUGAUCUUGCCACCUCACUACUAGAGCGACUGCACUCAUCGUACAAGCACUUCCGACAAGAAAUCUACAUACCCACAUUGUAACCAACUAUAGAUCUCACCCGGACAUGUUUGAGCUCCCGUCGUCCCUGUUCAGUUAUGAGACUCCCCUUACUCCACCGUCUGACCGUGACCCCCCAUCCCUACACCCCCUAUACCCCUAUCUCCUUGACUAUUGCUAUACCAUUUGCUGAAAGUUUGCUGUAAUGGCUGAUUACCCUGGAUCAAAUCAUCACUAACAAAGAGUAAGUGUUAAAAUGGGUAGAUCUAGUUACAAUAGCACCUUGAGGGCUAUGCCAACACUCACCAAACAAUUGUGCUAUCACAACACUAGGAGUGCAGUUGUAAUGAAAGCACUGCGGGUGCUGAUGCCCUGGUGGAGGUGCCAAAGCUACAUAACAUAAAACUACUAAUAGCUAGCUUUGAUGAAUUUUGCUGCAUGCAAUCAUAGAUACACGAAAGAAAGGGAUAGGCAACACCCCACGUGAUGCUAGGUAAAUGCAGUGUGUGACGUCACACCCUCUGGUUGGAGGCAAGUUGCGCUCAAGAAAGUACACAAUGAUCCCUAUAUCUGCUUAUUUUUCUCGUAGGGGGCCUAAAAGAGAAAUUCAAAGCAAUCAGGCAUCAUGCACACAUACACCCAGCACUACUGAUAGCUACAGUUGCUAUGUUAGUGCCGAGCUUUCUUUUAUUCAGCUUGAUUUGUGUGAAAAAACACCGAUUUGUCAGUUUAUGUACCUAUAUCUCCAAUAUGAAAUAAUUUUAUAACAUGUACGUUUCACAGAAUUAAAGUGUGUUUAUAACUGCAUGGAACAAAGCAUAUUUUCCAGCUCUCAAUGCAGUGAAGUAGUAGCAGCACCAUGAAACGUUUGUCCGAAGUCCAGAAAGUUUGCGUACCUCUCCUGCUCUUACUGUACAUGGUAAUGUAGUUUGAAGUGCUCUAAGACACAGUUUAGGUAUUAGAAAGUGGAACACAAGUAUCUUUAUCUGUAUUGUGUGAUCGAAGAGAUGGCAUUUGAAGGACUUGGGAACAGACCUGUUAUGGUUUGUAGAGUGUACUGACACCCCCUUUGGAGCUCACUUUCUCAUCACUUUGCAUAUAGUAGCUCUAAAAGAUUAAUAGCCUAUGUCUAAGUCUAUCUGGUGUCUCCUCAAGAGCACAGUUUGCUAUAAUACUAUAAACUAUUACUGACAUUUUGAGUGCACACACCCCUUUUUGCUCAUUACACGCCCCUUUUUAGCAACUCGCCUCAUCCAACGGAAGUGCUGGGUGUUGCCUAUCUCUUUCUUUCGUGUAUCUAUGAUGCAAUCAACCGAAUAGUGGGUAAUGAUCAACCAUGAUUGUUGUUAAAAACGAUCGAUGCCAAAAGUUCAAGUCUAAAAUUAAUGGCUGCAAGUCAGCAGAGCCUUGCAGCUCUCUGCUCACUCUUGCAGCUACCAAUAGCUAGCGUUCUAGUGCAGAGCUAACUACUAAGUAGAGUAGUAACACUCGGUGAACAAGUUUUGCUACGGACUCUUCUGAAAAGGCAUAACUCGAGAACGAAGCAUUAUUUUUCAAAUCCACGAAUUAAAAUCCAAGUAAACAUGACUAGAAGCCUAUAGAAACUCUUACUAGCACUUGAUUCAUCCUUGAGCAGCUGUAGCGGUCUACACACACACACACACACACACACACACACACACACACACACACACACACACACACA